AUGAGCGAUGCUACCUCUGUUCCCGUUUCGAAUCCCACCGACGAAGUGGUCGAGUAUCAGCAGCCUUCUGCGUUGGACAAGGGCAAGGGCAAGGCAAGCGAGGUCGAGCCAGAAGAAGACGAUGACGAUGACGACGACGAUGAUGACGACGACGAAGAGGAAGAGGAAGAAGAUGACUACAACAUUCAAGAUGAUGAGCUUGCCGAGCUGAUCGAGGACGAAGAGGAGCUUGCAGAGAUCGACACCUCCAACAUUGUCUGGACCGGGCGUCGACGAAAUGCUCCGCUCGACUACAGCUCAGAGGAGGCGCUCAAGCAGGCUGGUCUCGACUCGGACACCACUGCCGCCGAGCAGGAGGAGGAAGAUGCAGAAUUCCAUGGAGACGAGAUGGACGACGAGUAA